AAAAUAUUAUUCGCGGUUGUCAAGCUUGCAGUGGAUGGCCGUAAUUUUUUGCAGUGCAGGUGCAUUUCGGCCCUCACCAGUUCAGAAUAGAAUAUGAGGCUAUUAUUUGUGUUUCCUUGGACAGAGUUUUAGGCCUAAACGCAUUAGCAAACUGAUAAAGAGCCACUGGGAGCCAAGCGGAAAGGAACAAUCGGGCGCCGGCCGAGUUUGUCUCGAGACGUUCAAUAAUGGAGAAUGGAACGAUGAACGGAGAUCACCACGAUCGAUCCCGCUCUCCAUCGCCCGGCCUGAGUCGCUCAAACUCGCGCAAUGCCUGUUCAAAAGAAAUCAACCGCACAUCGCUUCUGAGAAGAAACCAAAGCCUUAGUGCCAAACAAAUUCGCUUUUACAGGAAUGGGGAUCGAUUUUUUUCAGGGCUUAAACUGGCCGUGUCGCCCGAGCGGUACAAAGAGUUUGAUGCUUUGCUGGCCGAGCUAUCAAACAAGCUGGAUCUUUCAACCGGGGCGGUGAGGUUUAUUUUCAACGCUGAAACUGGCAAAAUGAUCACAGAUGUGAACGAACUACAAUACGGCGCUAGUUAUGUUUGUUCUUCGAGUAAUUGCUUCAAAGAAGUCGAUGCUGGCUAUGGAAACAUAAAAAAGUCUUGGUCGCUUGCUAAUUACAAGAAAGAAAAUUCUCAGACGGUUUCAUCGUCACCCUCGCACACACAGAUCGACGGCAGUCGCGAUUUCAUCAAACCGAAAUUGGUGACAGUGAUCAAGAAUGGAAAGCCACCACAGAAGAAAGUUACCAUGCUACUCAACGCUAAAACAGCAGUGAACUUGGAGCAAGUUUUGGAUCAUCUGUCUUCCAAGGGAACGCUUGGGAAAGUGGACAAAUUACACACUGUUGACGGAAAACAGAUUAGGGAGUUGAGAAAUCUGUUUGGAGAUGACACAAUGUUUGUUGCCUUACAAAGUAAUGAAAAGUUUCCUGACGAGGGAUUUGAUGUGGAUGUUCAAAGCUAUAAGAUAACUCCAUAUAGAGAUCUGAAGAGGCCAGCGGGCUUGAAAAGAUCAUCGUCAUUAAGAACCCCACGGGGUCGACGAGACAGUGGUUCUAAUGACACUGGAGGCCACACACCAUCUCGUGAUCGCCAAGUGCGACGAUCUGCCUCAGUUAAGAGCACUGGCAAGGAUCGAGGAAUGAGCCCUGGUCCUCCAGCUAACAGGGUGAAUGGACACAGCCCAAGAUCAGCUGGUGCCAAGUCACCAAGUGGAUCCUCUGGAAGAAGGACUCCAAACACUGGUCAUUCAUGUCAGUGGACUUACAAUGCAGCAGUGAGAAUACAGAUAUUAAGUGGCACAACAGGCUAUAAGAUAACUCCAUAUAGAGAUCUGAAGAGGCCAGCGGGCUUGAAAAGAUCAUCGUCAUUAAGAACCCCACGGGGUCGACGAGACAGUGGUUCUAAUGACACUGGAGGCCACACACCAUCUCGUGAUCGCCAAGUGCGACGAUCUGCCUCAGGUAAUAUGGAUACUUGUGAAGAUAAAUAA